AUGGCAGCGAAGGUGUUAAAGGGCUACCUCUUUGAGGCAGUCAUGCAUGCUGCACUGGCGACUGGCGGCAAGUUCGAUGUGUUGCCAUUGGACCCGAAGACUCUGGAGCGGGGCAAGGAGGAGAAGCUGGAUAUCCCGGAAUGCAAGCAGUAUAACAUCUUCACAGACAAUGAGGUCCAUGGUAUGAUGAGCACUACGAUGGACACAUACUUGAGGCCCAAGUCCUCCAACUUCCCCGUCAUUGAUGCUCUUAUGGUGCCGGCAAUGUACCUUUUCCAGAUGACUGUGUCGGCUAUGAAGGAAAUUAAUGCUGAUGACCUCGAAGACGUGUUCAAGCGACUCGGCAUCUCUGCUCCGGGCCAGGAGGGCCGCCAACCCAGCCUUUACUUUGUGGUGGAUCCUAGCGUCUACAACAAGUUUAAGGAACUCAAGUAUGAAGCAUCCGACAGCAUGCAGCAUCCGACUACCUACAAAACGAUAUGGACGGUGGUCCUGCAGUUGAAAAACUAA